AUGAAAUUCUUUUUCGGAAUUGUGACUUUAAUCGCCGCAGUCGGUCAUCUUAAUGCCUACGUAGUACCAAAUCUUGGCUCAGGUGCACUGGCUCAAGAAUUCCAAUAUUUCCUAAACAUCAUACCCAUUGACAAUGUGAUAGAACUUACAAAAGCAUAUCUGGUUAGAGACAAAGAAUUUCAAUGGAUCAUGUCCUUUAUACAAUAUGAUGAUAUAAAGAAUUAUAUUGAAGAUUUGGAAAAUAUGACAGAAUUCCAGAAUCUUAUGAAUUAUUUGCAAAACAAUGGCCUCGACGCUUAUACUAUUUUGGAAAAAUUGAAAGAAUCCUUAAAAGAAGAACAAGUGUUAGUUUCGUCUGAUUCUCAGAUCAAGAUCACUGGAGGUAUCAAAGGUUUCAUUAAAGAUCUCUCGAGCAUCUUGCCAGUAUUCGAUUGGAUGAACAUGUAUGAAUACAAGAUUGAGACCUCUGAAGUGUUUAAAAAUUUUGUAGAGGAACUCUUUGAUUCUCAAUAUGAAGUUUUAUUCACAAGCACUUUUACAAAUAUCCAUUUCCAGACGAUGUUAAAACAACUUAAACAUCUUAACGUUGACAGCGAAACAUUCCACGUAAACUUUGUUACCUUCCUCAUUAUUAAAGGAUUGAUGAUUAAUCUUCCAAAAGAGAUGAAUCCACAAAUCAUGCUGGUCAGUGUGGUGGCAGCUGCUUCGAUCGUUUUUUUCGGAUUUCUCGCUUAUCGGAUGAGAUUACAAUCCAACUAUCCCGAUCUAGUUAACGUGCCACCAUUGGAGGACAAUAGUUCUCUCGACGAAGAUCUCAAAGAUAUUUUGGCGUUCAUCCCCAUGGCCGAAGUACAACGAAUCAUUGAAAGAUAUAUGAAAUAUGACGCUCAGAUCGGCGACACAGUGAGCUUUGUGAACGAUCAGAAGAGAUUUAUCUUACGCGAAUUUCAAAAUAUGCCUGAAGCCCAUAAAUUGAUUUCUUUCUUGCGUCAAAACGGAUUGGACGUAGAUUCUUGGCAAGACAAGAUACGAUAUUUUUGGAAGAUGUCACCUAGGUUUAUUAAAUACGAACCGAGUCUGGCGAACGGAGGCCUGACUGUAAUGAUCAAUAAAAUCUUGGAGACCAUACCUAUGGACGAGCUGCACGAACUAUUGCGACAGAAAGUUAAAUACUCGGCGAGUUUUCGCAGAUUUCUGCUCGCAUUGAGGUCAAAAGAUUUCCGGGAAUUUUGCACUGCGCUCGAAUCCAACGAUGUGCUGCAUCAUCAUUACUUUUGGGCGAAGGAGGGCGGUUUAGAGAUCACAUUCGCGAUCGAACUGUUCAACGAACUGUACGUCUAUCUUACACAAACUUUGAUCACUUAA